AUGAGAAGAGUUAUAUUUCUAUUUCUACUUCAGUCCAGUUUUCAUUUCUCCAUUUCUAACGUCUAUUCUGAGUCUGAAGCCGAGAAAUGGUUCAAUUCUGGAUCUUCUAUUAUUUCCGCCAAUAAGACUACUUCAGGUGAUGAUGUUCGACUGCAGAUAGAAAUGUCUAUCCUAAUAAAUACGAUCGCUGUUUGGGGAGUGGAUCAAAUGAUCAUUGGAGCUGAUGAAAAGACUUUUGGCACCUCAUUGACAACGCUGUCUCAUACUACUUUGUUCACUCUGGAAAUCAAAAAUCCCCCAGAAGUUGUUUUCUUUAUAACUUUUAGCGACGACGAAAUAGUUACAACCCAUAUGUUUGACACAACGCAUGUAAAUGGAGCAACUAAAUUUGAUAAUCCAAUCACUUGUCAGUCAUCAUUCUCUAAAAUCUCUGCUUCUGAAUAUGACUUCUUCUACCGUUGUAAUCCUGAACUUGAUCCUAGAAAUGGCUGGUAUAUGGAGGUUGGAAUGUUUGCCAGCGUUAAAAAUGAGAUUAUUGAAUAUAAUCAAAUUGAACCGAUUGAAAAUAAGUAUGUCAAUGUUACCACUGAGCGAAAUUCAACGGCAAAAGCAACAGUUGUACUUUCAGAUGAAACUUUAGAGAGAGUAGGAGAUUUCCUAUUUCUGCAAAGCUCACUUACUAUACCUCUGGAUGGUUUAAUCAAAUCCAUAUUAUAUAGAAGAGUUUAUGAUAUAAGUAUAACAAAAACAAUAAAGGAAUUCAAAUUCUUGGAAGCAUUCCAACAGGAACCACUUUUGGAAGGAGAUAUGGUGCCAAUAAAUUGUGAAGCAAUUGGAAGAAACCCUCCACCUAUUCAGGUGGAAAGAAAUCGUAUAGGGAUAAAUUUGUCAGAGACGAUAUAUAUUAUGAAAGAUAAUACAAAUAUAUGGUCAAUUUCUUACGUUGCUUUCCUUCAUGCAUCAAAGGAAAUAGAGGGCAACUAUUCAUGUGUUGCCGAAAUGGAUGGCAAAAAAUUUAUUUCUCCUCAGAACAUUGAAGUAAAAUUAAAACCAAGAUUACGCUGGGAUCUGGCCAAGACUUUGAAAUCCAAGCAAAACCAAACUCGUGUACGUGUUGUGGUGGAAGGAGCAAAAGGUGUUGUAUUGAAAUGUAGCAAUAACGCAUGGUCAGGUAAUAGGUAUCUCCCUAUAAGCACAGAGAAAAGAACAAAAAUAUCAGAGUGGGAUGAACGUUUGGAAACCGAGUAUACGUGGAAAAAGAACAUUGACCCAGAUGAAUUCAACUUUUCGAUGUAUUAUCCGUUUCUUUCGUGUAUCGCGGAAGACAAAAAUGGCAAACUGACAUUUGAACACACUUUCUGGCAAUGAGGUUUACACAACAUACAUGUAUUUGCAUUAUCAAUUCUGAAUAAUUGAGAUUACUUGCAAUUAUAGUUGAUUCGUCAAGAAUUAGUAUGCUGAGGAAGGAAUAAAAUUUACA